AUGCCUCUUACUAGAGCUGCGAGUGCAGGUUUGGCAGGUAGACCGAUAUUAGGGCAAAAUGGGGUGGUAACCACUUCCGAAUCUACAGCCGUAAGCAGUGUUGUUACCGCGGUUCACAGCGCACCUUCUAACGCACAACAGGUUACAACUGCCGCGCAUAGUGGUCCCAUUGCUUCUCAUAUCGCACAUUUAGCACAUGGGGACGUCCCAGCUCAAGGUGUUUCAUCAUCAAUGUCCAAUUCAUCGGCACCGCCACCAGUUCCAUUAAGCAUGCAAGAGGCCGCUAACUCGUUUAACACGUCUUUUUGGUCACAUGGAAGCGUUGCCUCGCCAAACUAUAGUGUUUUGACCGGGUUGCAGAAUAGACCAGUUGUCCCGCCAGCAGAUCCAGCAGUCAGCGCAGGAGUCAGGGAAAUUAUUAAUUCUGCCAUCGCCCUGUCCCAAUUGCAGUACCGUCAACAGGAAGAAGAAAGAUUGAGAGCUCUGAUACCUCGAAUUGCUGAAGCGGCCAAGCGUUCGUUGUUGGGAGACAAUGACGGCACUAAUCAAGUAUUUUCACAAGCCGGCUUGGCGAUGCCAGCAGCGGCACCACAUGCACCAGCGCGCACAUCCCGGGAGUCAGUCAUUCUGUCUUCACAUGCAUUGGCGUCAGGCUUAACGUCUCAGCAGCCUAAUUUAGCAAGGGGUUACACACUACCAUAUCCGGAGCGAGUAAAUCCACCACCGAUUCACGAUCCUAGACCGUUGUCACUUGGUCCUUUUAACCAACCGCCACCAGGGUUCACAUCAAGUGGUGCACCAGCACAACCACCAACCAGCUUAUCGGUACCACCACCAGUCGCCGGAGUCCAAACUCACACAAUACUGCCGGCCGAGAGGUUGCCUAAUAUCUACAGCAGAGGCAUGCGGACAGAGCCACACGAGACACAUACCAGUCCACAUCCCAGCAGUAUCAUCUCAGAAAUCUCGGGGCGUUUUAAUUUGGCGAAAUGGGGAGUAUCUUUUGAUGGUACCGACAAAACCAUGAGCGUCCAAGAAUUCAUCUUCAGAGUGGGUGAACUUAAAAAAGAUUAUAAUUGCCCUGAUGAAGUAUUGAUCACCAAAUUUCACCAACUUUUGGAAAAACCAGCUCUCGAUUGGUAUUGGAACCACCGGAAAUUGGUCCAGUUUCGCACAUGGAAGGAGUUGGAAAGUGCUUUGUUGGCGCAAUACCAAAGAUUUGAAAAUGAAUUCCAGCUUCAAAUGCAGAUUUUAAAUCGGCGUCAACUACCACAUGAGAAUUUUGAAGAUUUUUAUAAUGAUGUACUGCGGCUACGGACACAGCAAAAGUCGCCAUACAGGGAGCACGAGAUAGUGGAAAUAAUGAGAGGCAACCUUAAGCCGUCUUUAGCCCAAAUGAUCUUCUCGGCUCAGAUAAAUAGCUUGGGUGAUUUUUAUAGGCAGGUGAAGAAAGCCGAAAAUCUGGUAUGGACCCAAAGACAGCAACGCUACAACACACCACAGAAAGUGCAUGAGCUUGAAUGGCAGAUGGAAGAGGAACCUCGAGGCGAUAUUGAAGUUGAUGCCGUGACCAUGACAUCCAAGUGUUACCGUCCCCGAUUGUCCGAAGUGUCAGGGAAACCGGCACAGGAACCCACCUCAGUCUGGGCAGGUGAGGUCAACCCCAGUUUAAGCCCAGAGCAGAGUAGUAGUAGUUCCAGUAUUAAAGUUUCUAUUUUGAAGAAUGUAGAGCAAGAAAGUAGAAAGUCAGAAGUAAAACCGAGAUUGAGAGAGUUGAAACCACUUCAUAUCAGAGUAAGAGAAUAUUGCGAGGCGAGAGAAAGAAUUUUUGGUCAAGUUUCCAAUAAAAUUAAGAAGGCUAGAGAGCGAUAUAAGAGGAGAAGACGCAUUCGUCAGGAAAUAGCCUCGGCUACCCUAUUUGAAGGCGAAGAUAAUCGUUUAUAUACCAAACUGCAUAUCAAUGGUGAAGAAAUAGAGGGAUUGCUAGAUAGCGGAGCCUCCGUUUCCUGUCUGGGGAAAAAUUGCCUUAGCUUUGUGGAGAGAGCGGGAUUGGAAAUUAAGCAUUUCCAUUCUUUUAUUAAAACAGCAGAUGGAAGCCCACAUAAAAUAGUUGGCAGGGUGACGACUAAUGUAAAAUUUAGAAAGCAGGAGCAUCCUAUCAUAUUCUAUCUUGUUCCUUCUCUGAGCCGUGAGUUGUUUCUGGGGGUAGACUUCAUGAAACGUUUCCAAAUGUUUGCUCAGGUGGACGGUUUGUCACUCCAGGAAGUGAGUCUCUGUGGUGAGCCGGAGAUCAGUGAUGUUAACAGCCAUUCUUUGUCCGAGGAGCAACGAGUUCGUUUGCAAAUAGUGAAGGACAAAUUUCCUUGCUUUACCAAGUAUGGCUUGGGAAAGACUAAAGCUGAGGUCCAUUCAAUCGACACCCGCGAUGCAACCCCGGUGAAAGAUAGGCAUUAUCCCGUUUCCCCGGCUGUGCAGAAACUUAUGUAUGCGGAAUUGGAUAGGAUGAUAGAGCUAGGUGUGAUUGAAGAGAGCGAGAGUCCAUGGAGUCAUCCGGUUACUCUAGUCCGAAGGGGCGAAAAGAACCGUUUGUGCCUGGACGCUCGCAAACUCAAUGCACUGACGGUCAAGGACGCCUAUCCAUUGCCGCAUAUAGAAGGUUUACUCAGUCGGCUGGGGGAUACCUAUUUUAUUUCUAGUGUCGACCUGAAGGAUGCGUUCUGGCAAAUUCCACUGGAUCCUUCAAGUAGAGAGAAAACUGCAUUCACAGUGCCGGGACGACCGCUUUACCAAUUUACCGUCAUGCCCUUUGGUCUGUGCAAUGCAGCCCAAAGGUUAUGCCGUUUAAUGGAUAAAGUGAUCCCUGGCGCACUACGUGAUAGAGUUUUCGUCUACUUGGAUGAUCUUUUGGUUGUUUCGCCAGACUUCGACACUCACAUGGGAUUGCUAGAGCAGGUGGCAGGUUGUUUGGCUAAAGCAGGACUCACAAUAAAUGUAACCAAGUCGAAGUUCUGCUUCAAAGAGCUUAGGUACUUGGGUUACAUUGUUGGAGGUGGCAAACUUAAAACUGAUCCGGCAAAGGUGGAAACAAUAGUGAAGUUUACAUACCCGAAAACAGCAAAGCAAGUGAGGAGUUUCAUGGGUACGGCAGGGUGGUAUCGAAGGUUCAUUGCCGACUUUGCCACCAUUGCGGCUCCCAUCUUUGAAACCCUCAAGAAAGGAAAACGAUUCACUUUCACAGAGGAGGCCAAGGUUGCAUUUGACAAACUGAAACAAGCCCUUCUAAUCUAA